AUGAAUGUCACAUUUUUGAAUACAUCACGUGACAAUCCACUCUUAGUAUAUCAAGGUUAUUCAUAUAUUCAAGAUGGAUCAUAUAAAAAUAAGACAUAUUGGAAAUGUGAACAUUCUCGAGAUCCUAAUAAUAAAUGUCAUGCACGAAUACACACAGAUUUAAUAACUAAUAAAGUAAUAUUUGUUAGUUCACACAAACAUCAUCAUAGUAGUAAUGAAAUGAAAUUAGAAAUACGACAAGUUUACAAUGAUGUAAAACAGCAGGCAAUAGGUAACAAUCAAGAAAUAGACGAUUUAAUAUCGAAUUCUAUUGCAAAAAUGUCAAUUGAAGCAAGAAAACGAUUACCAAAAGUUAAAAAUAUUAAAAGACUUGUCGAUUAUCAUCGAACAAAGAAAUUAAGAAAAAAUUCAAAACAAAUUGAUAUUUCGUGUAGCUUAACAAAAACAUUAAAACAAGAAAAAUUUUUGUAUUACGAUUCUGGAAUAGAAUCAGAAAAUCGUGUAAUCAUAUUGACGAUGAAAGAUAAGUUGACUUUAUUAACAGAUUCUUUAGAUUUUCACAUUGAUAGUAACGAAUUGAAUAUAUCCAAUUUAUUUUCAAUAUUUCAUGUAUUUUACGUUAAUUAUCAAGGUAAAUUUAUUCCAGUUUUAUUUGCACUAUUAGAAAAUAAAUCAUGUUAUGAUUUAUUAUUUAAACAAAUAUUAUUGUUAAUACCAAACUGGAAUCCGUUGCUCUUUCUAUCAGAUUACGACAUAAUGUUGAUAGAUAGCGUUAAAAGGCUAUUUUCUGGAAUUAGAGUCACCGGUUCAUAUUAUCACUAUCGAAAAUAUGUUUUAGAAAAGUUAAAUAUUGAUUCUGAAUAUGCCAUUAAUAGGUUUGUAUCAUUAGCUUUUGUGUCAGUGAAACAAGUAGAUGAAAGUUUUAAACAAUUGAAAAAUGAAUUAGAAUAUGAUGAAUUUAUUAAUUCUUUUCAACAAACAUUUAUUGAUCAAUUAGCUCCAUUUCCCAUUGAAUUCUGGAAUAUUCAUGAUACUCGUGUAGAUAGUCUGAAAAUGGCAAAAGAUAUUGAAUAUUGGCACAGUUAUUUUCAAAAUGGGUUGGAUGUUAAUACUUCCUUGAAUCUUCAUAAGUUUCUUCGCAAAUUAGAAAUAUUGGAAUAUAUACAAACUGAAACACGUUUGAAUACGACUGCACCCGCAAGCGAUCUAAACGAAAUUGUACACAAUGUACAGCUCCUAGAGGAAAAAUGA